AUGAGGCAGGGGCAGCGGCGCGUGUUCCUGCUGCUGUGCCUGACCGGUGUCACCUUCGCCUUCCUCUUCGUCGGUGUGGUCUUCCUGGGCAGCCAGCCCGACUACUAUUGGUGUCGUGGGCCGCGUGCCACGGAGCUGGCCGAGCGCUGCGCCUGGAGCCCCGAGGAGGAGUGGAACCUCACAGCACCGGAGCUCCGCGCUCCGGCCGAACGCCGAGGCCAAGGCCACUGCCACCGCUACCUGCUGGAAGCCACCAAUGCCAGCACUGAGCUCAGUUGCGACCCACUUGCUGCCUUCCCCAACCGCUCUGCGCCCCUGGUGCCCUGCAGCGGUGACUGGCGCUAUGUGGAGACCCACUCCACCAUCGUCAGCCAGUUUGACCUUGUCUGUGUCAAUGCCUGGAUGUUGGACCUCACCCAAGCCAUCCUGAACCUUGGCUUCCUGGCUGGGGCAUUCACCUUGGGCUAUGCAGCAGACAGGUAUGGCAGGAUAGUCAUUUACUUAAUAUCCUGUUUCGGUGUUGGCGUCACAGGGGUCGUGGUGGCAUUUGCACCAAAUUUUUCUGUGUUUGUCAUCUUCCGCUUCCUGCAAGGUGUGUUUGGAAAGGGGGCAUGGAUGACCUGCUUCGUGAUUGUGACAGAAAUAGUGGGUUCAAAACAAAGGAGGAUCGUGGGAAUUGUGAUUCAGAUGUUUUUCACCCUCGGGAUCAUCCUCCUACCGGGAAUUGCCUACUUUACACCCAGCUGGCAGGGCAUCCAGCUGGCCAUCUCACUGCCCAGCUUUCUCUUCCUCCUUUAUUACUGGGUGGUGCCUGAAUCUCCCCGCUGGCUGAUCACACGGAAGCAAGGAGAAAAAGCUUUGCAGAUCCUCAGGCACGUGGCUAAGUGCAAUGGGAAAUACCUCUCGCCAAAUUACUCGGAGAUCACCGUUACAGAUGAAGAAGUUAGUAACCCAUCCUUUUUAGACCUUGUGAGGACUCCCCAGAUGAGGAAAUGCACACUGAUUCUUAUGUUUGCUUGGUUCACAAGUGCUGUGGUCUAUCAAGGACUUGUCAUGCGCCUGGGAAUUGUUGGCGACAACCUCUACAUCGACUUCUUCAUCUCGGGGCUUGUGGAGCUGCCUGCAGCUCUCUUGAUCCUUCUGACCAUUGAACGUCUUGGACGGCGCCUUCCCUUUGCAGCAAGCAAUAUAGUGGCCGGGGUGGCGUGCCUGGUCACUGCGUUCUUACCAGAAGGGAUACCAUGGCUGAGGACUGCAGUUGCUACACUGGGAAGACUAGGGAUAACCAUGGCCUUUGAAAUUGUUUAUUUGGUAAAUUCAGAGUUGUAUCCGACAACAUUACGGAACUUUGGGGUUUCGCUCUGCUCAGGCUUGUGUGACUUUGGGGGGAUCAUAGCUCCAUUUCUACUCUUUCGACUAGCAGCUGUGUGGCUAGAACUACCUCUGAUCAUCUUUGGCAUCCUGGCGUCUGUCUGUGGUGGCCUUGUGAUGCUUUUGCCUGAAACCAAGGGCAUCGCCUUGCCGGAGACAGUGGACGACGUUGAAAAGCUUGGCAGCUCACAGUUGCAUCAGUGUGGCAGGAAAAAGAAAACCCAGGUUUCCAGUUCUAAUGUCUGA